AUGCGCCCUCUCACAGAAAAGGAGACCCAGACUCUGUUCGAGAAACUGGCAAAUUACACUGGCGGCUCCCUCAAGAACCUGAUCGCACCCCUCGACGACUCCCCGAACCCUGAUCGCUAUGUCUUCCGCCUAGUCCGCGAUCGUGUCUUUUACGUUCGUCUCUCGAUCGCCAACCUGGCUACCUCUAUUGCGCGUGAUAAGCUUCUCUCUCUAGGAACUUGUCUUGGCAAGUUCACGAAGUCUGGCAAGUUCCGCCUGCACAUCACAGCCCUUCCCAUCAUCGCCGAGCACGCCCGCUACAAGAUUUGGGUCAAGGAAAACGGAACCAUGCCCUUCCUAUACGGCAGCAACAUCGUCAAGGCGCAUGUCGGUCGUUGGUCAGAGGACUGCCCCGAACACCAAGGAGUUGUUGUCUACAGCAUGAACGAUACACCGCUCGGAUUUGGUGUCACUGCCCGCAGCACUGCCGAGGCCCGAAGAUUGGAUCCCACCGGUGUCACUUGUUUCAGACAGGCCGACUGUGGAGAGUACCUCCGUGACGAAGACAACUUGUUUGCGACGGGGUAG